UUUUGGCCGCCGCGUCACCUGAUGCGCAGCACCGGGACCGGCUGCUCCGACAAGGCAGGCCUGCGAGCCCGAUGCACUGCGCAGACGCACAGACCGGCAACUUGGACAGGGCGCCGACCGCGGCGAUAAGGCCCCGUCGCUGCAAUCUCGCCGCCUCGUCCUGGAUCUUCUCCGCGUCCCUCCUCCCCCUCUCCGGCAGCCUCUUCCUCGCCGGCUUCAUCGCACCCUGCCCGAUCUCCGGCUCUCGUCAUCAUGGUCAACAUUGCUAUCGUCGGUCCCGGCUUGGUCGGCGCCGAGCUCAUCUCGCAGCUCCGUGCCUACAACCAGCUUGCCCACUCAGCCAAACUCCCGGUCAUUGCCAUCAGCAACUCCAAAAAGAUGCUUCUGACGACCCCUGCCAAGUGUGCGACCGCCUUGACGGGCGACUGGACCGUCGCCCCCGAUGUGGUCGCUGCCGAUCUUACCAGGGUUGCCCAGCAUGCUGUCCAGCACCAGCCCUGCGUGAUUGUCGAUUGCACCUCCAGCGAUUCGGUCGCGGCUCUCUACCCGUCGUGGCUCAAGCUGGGGCUCCAUGUCGUUACCCCCAACAAGAAAGGGUUCUCGGGCAGUCUGAGUUUGUUCAAGGAGAUCAAGGCUCUGACGGCUCCUAAGGCUGGCCACCGCUAUCCGCUCGCCUACCACGAGGCGACUGUUGGUGCCGGCCUGCCCAUUAUCAGCACUCUCACCGACUUGAUUAGCACCGGAGAUCAUAUUGAGAAAAUCGAAGGCAUCUUCUCGGGAACUCUGUCCUAUAUCUUCAACAACUUCUCGACCACGGGUGAUGCUUCUACCCCAAAGUUCUCGGAAAUUGUUGCAAUUGCGAAGGCAAAGGGUUAUACGGAGCCAGAUCCGAGAGAUGACCUGAACGGUAUGGAUGUGGCCCGCAAAGUUGUCAUCCUCGGCCGUGUUGCCGGCCAGGAGCUUUCUUUGGAAUCUCUGGAAGUGGAAAACAUUGUUCCACCUGAGCUUCGAUCCAUUUCCACAUCGGAGGAGUUCAUGGAGAAGCUACCUCUCUUUGACGACCACUUUGCCGCGCUCAACCAAAGUGCGCGCGAAAGUGGCUCUGUCCUCAGAUUGGUGGGAACCGUUAUCCCAGGCGGACAGAGCUCUGUCAAGUUGGUGAGAUACGAUGCCUCCCACCCGUUCGCCUCGCUGAAGGGUAGCGACAACAUCAUUGCCUUCACCACCAAGCGAUUCCCCAGCCCCCUCAUCGUUCAGGGCUCAGGCGCGGGCGCGGCAGUCACGGCGCACGGCAUUUUCUCAGACAUUCUCAGAAUCAAUGCCAUCACUAGCUAUGCGCUCUAAGAUGAUCUGCGGUAGAUAUCGAUGGGCACCGUCGGAGGCAGCGGCCAGCUGCAAAUACGGAAUACAAUCCGAUCGAGCAUUGCCUCGGAGAUCCUCUCUGCGACACCACUGGCACCAAGACCCAACCCCACGGCGAGGCUGCUCUGAGGACGGACCACAGUGACUGUGUGGCUGUGUGUGUGUGUGUGGCCGCAUCGAUGCGUGGGCGAUAAGCUCCACGUGAUUUAAUCUUAAUGAAUUCAUUGUGUGCGCA